UCGGCGGCGACGUGACCUUCCUUUUCCGGCUGGGCCGUGGCCGAGGGAGAGGGAAGCUUGAGGCGCUCCGCCGCCCGUCGCGAGCGGUGCCACCAUGGCUUGUACUCGUCCAUUAGUAUCGGUAUACUCUGAAAAGGGUGAGGUAUCGGGUAAAAAUGUCACCAUGCCAGCUGUGUUCAAGGCUCCUAUUCGUCCAGAUAUUGUGAACUUCGUUCAUACCAAUUUGCGGAAGAACAAUAGGCAGCCCUAUGCUGUCAGUGAACUUGCAGGGCAUCAGACCAGUGCUGAAUCUUGGGGCACUGGAAGAGCAGUUGCUCGUAUCCCAAGGGUUCGUGGUGGUGGAACUCAUCGAUCAGGCCAGGGUGCUUUCGGCAAUAUGUGUCGUGGAGGUCGCAUGUUUGCCCCAACCAAGACUUGGCGUCGCUGGCAUCGUCGAGUAAAUGUAACCCAGAAACGCUAUGCCAUCUGCUCAGCUCUGGCAGCCUCAGCCCUUCCAGCACUGGUUAUGUCUAAAGGUCACCGCAUUGAGGAGAUUCCAGAACUUCCUCUAGUUGUUGAAGACAAAGUUGAGGGCUAUAAGAAGACAAAGGAAGCUGUUUUACUUCUUAAGAAGCUGAAAGCCUGGAAUGAUAUUAAAAAGGUCUAUGCCUCUCAGCGUAUGCGUGCAAGCAAAGGUAAAAUGAGGAAUCGCCGCCGUAUCCAGCGCAGGGGGCCCUGCAUAAUCUACAAUGAGGACAACGGCAUCAUUAAAGCUUUCAGGAAUAUUCCAGGAAUUACUCUUCUCGAUGUCAACAAGUUGAACCUUUUGAGACUUGCUCCUGGUGGCCAUGUUGGACGCUUCUGCAUUUGGACUGAAAGUGCUUUCCACAAGUUGGAUGACUUGUAUGGCACUUGGCGUAAACCAGCCACUCUGAAAAGUGACUACAACCUACCAAUGCACAAGAUGACUAAUACAGAUCUUGGAAGAAUCCUGAAAAGUCAAGAAAUCCAGAAAGCCCUGCGUCCACCAAAGAAGAAGAUUCAUCGCAGAGUUCUUAAGAAGAAUCCACUGAAGAAUUUGAGAGUUAUGAUUAAACUGAAUCCAUAUGCCAAGACUAUGAGACGCAACACCAUUCUGCGUCAUGCUAAAAAUCACAAGCUCAGAGAAGAGAAAGCAGCAAAGGGGAAAGCAAAGGUUCAGGCUGCAGCUGCAAAGACUGAAAGUACAGCAUAAACAUGGCAGGUUUUUGCAUUUUGCCUGUUUCAGUACUGAAAAGGGCUGUACCGUGAAUUACAGUUAAUAAAAAUCUAAAGAUCUAUUUACA